GGGGGUGAGGGAAGGCAGGAUCAGGCAGGGACCCGCGGCCACCGGCCUCUCUGCAUGUCACCCUGCGGCGAUGCCCGGCCCCCGUGUCCCCCCUGCGGGAGGUGCUGCGGGCGCGGGGCAGGUGCUGCCGGGGCGUUAAUGAUUUGCAGGAUGACGUGGGGACUAAAGGGCUUUCCAAGGGUCGCUGCCGGGGAGGCACGUGGAAGGGCGGCAGCCCUCGCCCAGCCCCAUCGCCGGCAAGAUGGUGUCUCUGACCGACUUCCAGCGGAUUGGCGUGGGACUGGUCGGCUUCGGCCUCUUCUUCCUCCUUUUUGGGAUACUCUUGUACUUCGACUCGGUGCUCCUGGCCUUUGGGAACAUCCUCUUCCUCUCUGGCUUGGUCUUCAUCAUCGGCUUCAAGAGGACCUUCACCUUCUUCUUCCAGCGGCCAAAGAUGAAGGGCACCAGCUUCUUUCUCGGGGGGGUCGUCAUUGUCCUCAUGCGGUGGCCCCUCCUGGGCAUGUUGCUGGAGGCUUAUGGCUUCAUCAACCUCUUCAGGAGUUUUUUCCCGGUGGCUUUUGGGUUUUUGGGCUCACUGGCAAACAUCCCCGUGCUGAGCAAGCUCUUGCAGAAGGUGGGAGACAGCAGCUCCAUGGUGUGACCUGCGAGACGGGCCACAUCGCUGGAGAUGGGACGGCGCGAGGAAGCCCUGGAUCCGGCUGUCCCGUGGUGAGCUGCCACCUCUCUCAUCCCCAGGACCCUCAGCACCGGUCGGAGCCACCCCCGCUGUGGGGACGGUGCCUUGCUGCCCCACGGGGAUCCUGUGAGCAGCUCCUGAGCGAGGCUGCGGGGACCAAACGCUAUGCCAGGCAGGCUUCUGGAAUUAUUAGCGUUAUUUCAUUCUUUUUGUCUUCCCCUGUUGAGAGAUUAAAUUAAAAAAUGUG